AUGAGUACUCAUUCUCAAUCCCCUGAACCAUCUGCCCCACUUUCCAGUCAAACCAAGCACCAUGGGUCCGGGAGGCAUUGGACCGACGAAGAAAGUGCUCUGUUGGAAAAACAUCGGGAGGAGUACAGAGACGCCAACGACGCUGCUCGUGCUGAGAUAUUUUCUCGAGUUUUGCAAGACAUGCUCGACAUACUCCCCAAUGGAAAAUCGUUCAAGAAGGAAGAAAGAUCAGCUGUUAAAAAAGAUAUUAAAGAGUGGUUUGCCCGGUACAGUCAUAAGAGAAGUCAGAAAAUGCCGAGGAUGGGAAAGUCGUGGCACGCCCGGCGUGUGUUCCAGCAUGAGAACAAGGAGGCCAUCGAUACCAAAGCGAAAAGGCUUUGUGCCGAAGCCAUUGAAGAAGGACAAAAGAGGCCUAAAGGGGGAGAUCCCACUCAUUUUGAUUUUCGGGAGCGGGUCGUGACUCAAAUGAUGGGAAAACUGAAGAAAAGGGAGAAAGACGUACUGCAGAGUAGGGACUGUCAUGGAUAUACCCAGGUAUUAACUGUACCCGAUCCACGGAUUUUCCCACCCACGGAUCAGAUAAGGCACAGUACGGAUAUAUGCAUGGGUAAACAGCCUGGGUGA